AAAUUUGCGAAUAUCGCACGUCCAACGUCAAGCCAACUUUAUGGCAGUGUGUGGUAAACCAGGGAAUGUGUAGCUAGCUUGAGGAGUUAUCAGCUUUAAUAUCCUCGACCUUCGGGUGCCUGGUUUAGGCAAGGAGCCUUUUCUACCCAAUUCUUACUUGUAGUUGAAAAUGUCCGUGUUCUCGGAGCCUGCUUUGGAGAAGAAAUUAUCAGAACUGAGUAACUCCCAGCAGAGCGUGCAGACCCUUUCACUGUGGCUCAUCCACCACAGAAAACACUCCAAAACCAUCGUCAAAGUCUGGUAUAACGAGCUGAAGAAAGCCCAAGUGUCCCGUAAGCUGACCUUCCUGUAUCUUGCAAAUGAUGUCAUACAGAAUAGCAAGAGGAAAGGACAAGAGUUCACACAAGAUUUUUCCCCAGUUAUUGUUGAUGCUUUUAAACAUGUCUCCAGUGAAGGAGACGAGAGCUGUAAGAAACAGUUAGGUAGAGUUUUGUCCAUCUGGAAAGAUGAAGGCAAGAACCACCUGACGCAAAGCUACAGCUCGUUAGCUCAGCAUUCUACAAUAAUCGUACCAACAAAAUCUAUAAUCGUUGCAUCCCUAUCUCAGACUGCAGAUCUGAUCCGAGCACUACAGGAGCUUGAGAACGCAGCCUCCAGUGACGCAGCUCUCCGCCAGAGGAUCUCUGCUCUACCCCCAGAGGUGCAGGACACCUCCCUUUUGCACAAAGUUACAGAUAAAGAGUCAGGGGAGCGUCUUUCUCGGUUGGUGGAAGAGGCCUGCAUGCUUCUAGCUGACUACAGCGGGCGGCUGGCGGCAGAGAUUGAUGAUCGGCGGCAGCUCACACGCACGCUUGCUGUCUUUUUGCAGAGUCAGAGAGACGGCCUGGCCCAGAAUGAGCAGAAACUAGAAGAAUACAAGCGCAAAUUGGCCCGGGUGUCCCAGGUACGGAAGGAGCUGCGUUCUCGUCUCAGCAGUCUCCCAGACCUCUCUAGGCUCCCUAAUGUUUCAGGUGGCCAUGUUCGCCUGCCCUCCUCCGGCGAUCUUUAUAGCCCCUCUGAUUGAGCUGGACUCUCACCCCAUCACCUCUCUCCUGGUCCUCUGGCUUUCUUUUUUAUUUUCUAAGAGUUGACAUCACAUAGCCACUAUACUGUUAGUGGAUGUGCCCAAUAUGCAGUCCAUGGCUGCCUGAGUGUUUCACUGAUGAGCACCAUCACUUGAAUUCAUUGUUCCCCAUUGUAAUGGAAAAAGUAUUGUUCGAGUAGGGUGACCAUUCUGGACACGUCCUGGCUGGGAUUCCUAAAUUGCCUAAAAUGUCGGGGUUUUGGCUUGCUUUUCUUAUUGACUUGCUCUCAUUGUGCAGGCAUUGUACAUAAUCGACCAAGGUGAGAACUACAGAAAAUAGUCAAAGCAGUGCAAAUACACGUGUGAGGACUGUAAAGAGCAUGUCAAUAGGAAAAUAAAGCCAAAAUUUAGCUGUUUUAGGCCAUUUAGACAUCCUGGCCAGUAUGUCUGGGAAAAAGAGGACAUCUGAUCACCCACAUUCAAGUGCAUUGGAAUCAAUGCAGUCAUUUAAACGAUAGACGUUGUUCUUGAAAAACAAGAUGAGUCAGUAGAACAACUUCUGAUUUUUUCCUUUUUUAUUGCUUUGUUUUGGAAGCUUCCAUAAAAGCAAGUCACCAAAUUUUAAAAUAGACGUCCUACUCAACAGAUAAACAUCUGCAAUGGUAAAUUGCUUAACAAACAGACAUUAUAUGGCAGUUUGGUUUGAUAAUACCCAUCUGUUCUUCAGUCUGUAGGUUUCUCUCCAGCUCCUCUCUUACUCAUUUGAUAGUACUUCAGAUCUCCAGAUUUGUGGUGAUGUUAUUUUUCUAUUUUUGCAGUGAAUAUUCAUUUCAGUGCAGCAUCUUAUAAUCAGCUGCGGUAUUUUAGUGCGGCAGUCAUAUCAACGGACCCCUUUUGUAAACUGAAGGUUACAUGUGCUAUAGUUAAUGUAGUUAUAAGAGCUUUGCAGUGAGCAAAGAGAUGUUUUCCCUUUCGGGUUUGUGCUUACCAGCAUACAUUGCUCCAAUAGUAGAGUAUACCUUGUAAUAUUCAUAUUUGAAUCUCUUUAGGUUUAUUUCAUUGUAAUUAUGGAAUCAUGACCAAGAAGUAAACCUCUCUGAAUCACAAUUUCAGAUGCCUCAAAAGGUCAGCGGUCGUUCACACCAUUGAUCAAACAAAUUCAAAUAUGUUAUCUG